AUGGCUAAUCCUAUCGAGUCGAAAAUCUUGGAGCUGGCGGACAAAACCGGGCUCGAUGAAGUCACAUUGAAACUGGCGAUAUGUCUCUUUUCAUCGUUUCCCUUCAACGCCUUGCUCAAACGUUUGCCAGACGGCAGAAUAACACUGAAAUGUUGGUACAUUGUGGGCAUUUCAGCAUUUUAUCUCUUUGGAGUUCUGAACAUCUUCACUGGGUUUCGCACGUUGUUUAUUAGUUCGAUGUUCACAUACGUGAUCUCCAGGUUUUACCGCUCCAAAUUCAUGCCGUACCUCAACUUCGUGGUAGUGAUGGGGCAUUUGGCAAUAAGUCAUUUGGGAGCACAAUUCUUCACCACGCGAGAUGCUUCUAAACUCGACAUAACAGGCGCUCAAAUGGUGUUGGUCAUGAAACUCACAUCUUUCGCAUGGUCAUAUCAUGACGGCACGGAAUUGGAUCAAAGCAAACUCUCGGAAUACCAGAAAACUCGCGCUAUCAAGAAGCACCCAAGCUUACUCAGUUUCCUCGCCUAUACUUUUUUUUAUCCUUCGUUGUUCACAGGCCCUAGUUUCGAUUUCGCAGAUUUUGAGUCGUGGCUCAAUUGUGAGGUGUUUCGGGAUCUACCAGACGCACAAAAGCCCAGACGCAGAUGGACCACAACGGAUCGCAACUUGCGCAGACAAAUACCGAAAUGUGGCUGGUUGGUAUCAUGGCGUGUUGUCCAAGGCGUAUUUUGGAUUACGCUUUCUUCCAUUCUUCCAAAUUACAUCUCAAAGGAAUUCAUGUUUACUGCGGACUAUGGCCAAAAAUCUUUUUUAUACAAGAUCCAUUAUCUCUUUAUUCUGAGCUUCACUUUCCGACUCAAGUACUAUGCGGCUUGGACCAUGUCUGAGGCGUCCUGCAUUUUAUGUGGCUUAGGUUAUAAUGGUUAUGACACCAAGACUAAGAAAAUAAGAUGGGAUAGGGUUCGCAAUAUAGAUAUUUGGAAAUUUGAAACCGCCUCUAACACACAUGAAGGCCUUGAAGCUUGGAACAUGAACACGAACAAAUGGUUGAAACACUACGUCUACUUAAGAGUGGUAGCGCCAGGAUCCAGACCAGGGUUCCGCAGCACCCUGUUCACUUUCUUGACAUCAGCAUUCUGGCAUGGAACCAGACCUGGGUACUACCUAAGUUUUGCUACUGGUGCCUUGUAUCAAACUUGCGGUAAAUUGUUCAGACGAAACUUGCGCCCGAUAUUUUUGAGUGCUGAUGGAAAGGCUCUGCCCUCUAAGAUAUUCUACGACGUUAUUUGCUUCUAUGUCAUGAAGCUCGCAUUUGGCUAUUUGGUGCAACCUUUCGUGAUUUUGGACCUUCCCGACUCAUUGGCAUGCUGGCGUUCAGUAUACUUCUACAUUCACUUGGGUAUCAUUGCAACCUUCUUUACAUUCAAAGGUCCAUUUGCAAAACCUGUGAUCAAAUAUCUCAAGUCUUAUCAGGCCGCUGCUAUCGUACAAAAGAAACAGAAGGAUGAGCUUGAGGAAGCUGGGCCAUUAGGUGAUAUUGCCAGGGCCAAGAGGCUAUUCGAGCAAGGUGAAUUGCCGAGUGAUAUGCAUCUGGGGAUUCCCGAGGCAAAUUUUGAUAAGCUCAACUUUGAAGAAGCCAAACGCGAGUUUAGCGAGUUUUUCGAAUCUUACGACAAAUGGAGAGCUGAAAAAGGUCUAGAAAUUGAGGAACACAACUUGCAAAGGGCCUUCGAGAACUUCAAAAGAGAAUUGUCUUCUGGUCAAAGAAGAACAAGUUUCAGCUUUUAUUCUCCAAAACCUUUUAAGAAGGAGGACUAA